AAAAGGGACAAAGCACCAUAAAACCCUGAAAACCCACCUAAAACCCUAAUCAGAACCGCAACCCACCAAAAACGAUGGAUGCCAUAGCAGCCGCAGAAGAACGAAUAGUAAGCGAUAGAUUGAGGCAAAAAUUGAAUGAAGUCAAUACAGCUGCUCAAUCCCAACUCUCACCUGUCCAAGACCAUGUUAAUUUCACCCUUCAGCAAGCUUAUUUCAAGUGUGCAUAUGAGUGUUUUGACAGAAGAAGAAAGAAUGAGGAGAUAAGUAACUGUGUGGAGCAUUGUAGCGUCCCUGUUCUUCAAGCCCAGAAUCUCGUUGAAUCUGAGAUGGCCAAGUUUCAGGAACGCCUGAAUAGGGCUUUGAUGGUCUGCCAAGACAAAUUUGAGACAGCCAAGCUCCAACGAAGCAGGGGCGAUGGCAUGAAGGAUUUAGAAUCAUGUGUUGAUCAGUCAGUCCAGGACAGUGUCAAGACAUUGCCUUCGCUUGUCGAUAGACUGAAAACUGCUCUUUCAUUCAGUGAAUAGAUGCAAAACCUUAGAAUUCAGCUGUAUACGCUGAUAAACAACUCUAACCCAUUCUGAUAGAGCAUUUUCAGCAUAUUGAUUUAUGCCAUUGUAUGAUGAGGCAAUCUUUGAAGUUUAUCCUAUCCGACGACAUUGUUUUGUUCAAUAGUAGAUAAUAC